CUCCAAGCCUUCAACAUGGAUCCUCUUGAAACCCGAGAGCUAGUGGAGAAAUCUCCAACAGAUUCCUCAAAAAAAGAUGAUUGUCAGUCAUCAAAAACAUGUUCAAGAACAAGUCCUCUCUACAUCCUCAUGGAGCCAUUUCAAUGGCUACAAAUGCUGUCUUCUCAGCUAAACCCCACAUUUAUUUUUGGUGUAGUUGUGGUGUAUGGUUUUAGCCAGGGCUUAUCUAGAUCUUUCUUUAAAGUUGUUACAGACUACUACUGGAAAGAUGUUCAAAAGGUUCAACCAUCAGCAGUGCAGUUGUACAUGGGCUUAUAUUACAUCCCAUGGGUCAUGAAACCAAUUUGGGGUCUCUUUACUGAUGUUUUUCCUGUCAGAGGAUAUAAGAGAAGGCCAUACUUUAUAGUGGCGGGUGUUCUUGGUUGUGUCUCAGCGUUGAUGAUAGCUCUUCUUGGUAAGGUGCCUAUUGCUGUGGCCUUGAGUUGCUUGAUAGGUAUAACUGCUGGGGUUGCAAUAGCAGAUGUGACUAUUGAUGCCUGUAUUGCUAAAAACAGUAUUGAGAUCAGGGCAUUGGCACCAGACAUGCAGUCUCUAUGUGGGUUUUGUUCUUCACUUGGGGCUUUGAUUGGUUACUCUUCUAGUGGUUUUUUUGUUCACCAUCUUGGACCUCAGGUAUCAUUGGUUCUUUUGGCAGUCCCACCAGCUUUAUUGAUAGUGUUAGGAUUUGUGAUCUAUGAAGUGAGAUCUACAAGUCUCCAAUCUGAGAAGAAGAAGGCAGUGGAGGGCUUACAAAUAGCAUUAAGGGGCAUGUCGAAAACUAUUAAGCUGCCGCAAGUGUGGAAGCCAUCACUGUACAUGUAUCUAUCUUUGGCUCUCAGUAUAAGUACUCAUGAAGGGCACUUCUAUUGGUAUACAGAUCCUAAAGCUGGUCCUGCAUUCUCACAGGAGUUUGUCGGGAUAAUUUACGCAGUUGGUGCAUUGGCUUCUAUUGCUGGGGUUCUGAUAUAUCAGAAGGCUCUGAAGAAUUGUCCAUUUAGAAGCCUAAUCCUUUAUGCACAACUCCUAUAUGGCAUGUCCGGAAUGCUUGAUCUCACCUUUGUCCUUCGAUGGAACUUAGCCCUUGGAAUUCCUGAUUACUUCUUUGUUAUAGCGGAAGAAUGUGUCACUCGAAUCAUAUCCAGAAUCAGGUGGAUGCCAAUGAUUGUGUUAAGCACCCGGCUAUGCCCUCUAGGCAUCGAAGGGACAUUUUUUGCACUAUUAAUGUGCAUUGAUAGCCUUGGCGCCCUCUCUUCCAAAUGGGGAGGAGGAGUUCUUCUUCAUCUAUUUCAUGUCACAAGGACUGAUUUCACAAACUUGUGGCUGGUCAUUCUCAUAAGAAAUUUUCUGAGGUUUGCAACACUAGGUUUGAUUUUUCUUGUUCCCAGGGGUGAUCAAGCAGAUAGCUUGAUCCCGUCGGAUAUCUUGACAGCAAAUUCUGCUGCAAGUCUAGAUGAUGAUGGCUUGGAACUUGUUCCUGUUAAGGAGACAAGUGAAGAAGUCCAGUUGCUUAUUGACGAAAAAUGAUGUGCAAAUUUUUUGAAUUGAGGGUCUGAUAUAAAUACUUUUGAUUCUUUGAAGGACCAUUUGAGCAUUUGAUUAAUUCUAGCAUC